CUGAAUACGGAACUGAAGCAGCAGCUCAGAGUUUCUUGCUCUGAAGUGGCAGGAGCUAGAGAGGAGCCGAGUGUCAACCUGAGGAGCCGAGAGCCUAGAGCAAACACUUGCGCGGUUAAAGAUGUGGAAGUCUGUAGUAGGUCAUGAUGUAUCUGUUUCCGUGGAGACCCAGGGUGAUGAUUGGGACACAGACCCUGACUUUGUGAAUGACAUCUCUGAGAAGGAACAACGGUGGGGAGCCAAGACCAUUGAGGGGUCUGGACGCACAGAGCACAUCAACAUUCACCAGCUGAGGAACAAAGUGUCAGAGGAACAUGAUGUUCUCAAGAAGAAGGAGAUGGAAUCAGGGCCCAAAGCAUCCCACGGCUACGGAGGUCGGUUUGGGGUGGAAAGAGACCGAAUGGACAAGAGUGCUGUGGGCCAUGAGUAUGUUGCUGAGGUGGAGAAGCACUCUUCCCAGACUGAUGCUGCCAGAGGCUUUGGGGGCAAAUACGGAGUGGAGAAGGACAGGGCAGACAAGUCAGCUGUUGGCUUUGAUUACAAAGGAGAAGUGGAAAAACACGCAUCUCAGAAAGAUUACUCUCAUGGCUUCGGUGGCCGUUAUGGGAUAGAGGAGGACAAACGGGACAAGGCAGCUCUGGGAUAUGACUACAAGGGAGAGACAGAGAAACACGAAUCCCAAAGAGAUUAUGCCAAGGGCUUUGGUGGUCAGUAUGGCAUCCAAAAGGACCGAGUGGAUAAGAGCGCUGUUGGUUUCAAUGAAAUGGAGGCCCCAACCACAGCUUAUAAGAAGACAACACCCAUAGAGGCUGCUUCCAGUGGCGCCCGUGGGCUGAAGGCAAAAUUUGAAUCCAUGGCUGAGGAAAAGAGGAAGCAGGAGGAAGAGGAGAAGGCACAACAGAAAGCCAGGCAGCAACAGGAGAGAAAGGCCUUGGUAAAGAUGAGCCAUGAGGCUCAGCCACCAGUGGCCACUAUGGAAGAGCCGGUGGUGUCAGCCCCACUGCCCAAGAAAAUCUCCUCAGAGGCCUGGCCUCCAGCAGGGAGCUGUCUGUCAUCAGAGCGUGGGCCUGUGAGAACCAGUAGGGAACAACCAGUGCCUACCCAGCCCCCAAGGCAGGAUCCCCCAGAGGACAACGAGGAGCCCCCAGCUCUGCCCCCCAGGACUCCAGAAGGCUUCCAGAUGGAGGAAGAGCCAGUGUAUGAAGAAGCACCUGAGCCUGAGCCCGAGCCUGAACCAGAGAAUGACUAUGAGGAUGUUGGGGAAAUGGACAGACAUGAGCCAGAUGAGGAACCAAAGGGCGACUAUGAAGAUGUGCUCGAGCCUGAGGAUCCCUCUUUUUCCUCCACUCUGGCUGGAUCAUCAGGCUGCCCGGCUGGGGCUGGGGCUGGGAUCUCAGCUAUAGCCCUGUAUGAUUACCAAGGAGAGGGAAGUGAUGAGAUUUCCUUUGAUCCAGAUGACAUCAUCACUGACAUUGAGAUGGUGGAUGAGGGCUGGUGGCGGGGACGUUGCCACGGCCACUUUGGACUCUUCCCUGCAAAUUAUGUCACGCUCCUCCAGUAACUGUGGCUGUGUGUCUUCUGCACUGUGACUUCCCUUGUCCCAAGUGGCUCUGCCUCCACCCACUUUCCAUUUCUGCUGCAAGUGUCUGACAGGAUGUCAUGAGUUGCCUGAAGCUCUAGACAGACUGUCUCUCCCUCUCCAUUAGGGUUUGGGGCAGAGACAGCAUGAGGAAGGAGGUCUCCUUCCCCUCGGUGUCCUGUCUAUCCUGGAUACCCUAGAUGAUCUCAGGGAUGUUUAUCUUGUGUCCUGCCUCCUUCCCCAUGAAUCCCCCCUCUAACACCCACCCCCACCCCCACUCUACCUUCCUUUGUUUGUGAACUCUGAGCUUCCUGGUUUGCUUACCUGGGAAGGUAUGUUUAUAUUUCCUGGUUGUGCUGUCUGCUCACUUUCCUUCUCUGCAGAAAUAUCUCUGAAUCUUUUCUCUGCUCAGUCCUAAAGUGGAAAUAAAGCGGGACCAUGGCUCACCUCUAUUCUGAGGUAAAUAGUACUUUUUAUGCAGCCCUCAAUGGUCCUGACUCUCAUGGCUCCAAUUCUCCUCCCAUCUUUUAGGGGUAUCCAGAAAACUCCCUCCUCCACUGCCCAUCACUCUGCACCCUGGAUGUCAAGGGCCGUGCCCUUUCCUUAGACUCUACUUAUACCCAGUCCAAAACAAGAUGGGCCUGGGGAAUGGCAGUAAGGUAGGGGAACAGGGGCCAGGAAGGGUCCAUGAUAAGACAGUUCAACUUCUGCUGGCUUCAGCAGUUGUGAGAGGCCAGCCACUUUCUGCCUGGGAGUAAUGACUACACUCUUUUCAUGCAUAAUGAUUCUUGAGGCAAAAGCACAAAUUAGGGGAAAGAAAGGAGGAAAAGAUUUAGCUAAGAGAAAAAGACUAAAACUAAAGAAACAAUGAGGUGUUAAGAGGAUUUAGAGUGAGAGUGGCCUCUGCUAGAGAAAGUCUAGGCUUCCUUGUAGCUGGAUGAAUGAAAUUGAUGGUCAUGUAAGAAGGUAGACUGAGGAAGCUCAUAAAGUUUCUGUGUGGUCCAGAGCUGAGGCUGCUGAUAGAAGAAGUGAGGACCUUUGGACGGCCAGUGAUAGGGAAAAAGCAAAUCACCAAGCAAAGUAUGGGGAUGAGGGAGAAUGAAAGGCCAGGACACGGUGAGUUUAUUCUAACCCCCAGGCCAUUGGGCUCGGCAAGGUCCAGAAUAGGAGAUCCUAGGCAAAACCAAAAUCAAAUCGAAAUGAAAGUCAGGGAUUUGGUAUAGGGGAUCUUUGAUUGGUGGAAAAUAGAAGUCUGUGCUAUAACCAGUAUCUGAAGUUGGAUUCAGCUUUCAAAGAUGGAGAAGACAGUGGGAUCAAGGAAGAGCUAGGAUUGGUGUCUGAGACCCAUAGUUGCUGCAGGACUUUAUAAAAGUCCUUAAAAGUUCAGUGGUGAGCUGUCCAUGUGCUUAGAGCACUGCAUCCCUCAGGCUCAUUCCUUGGCUUUUCUUCAAGACACACACUCCUUUGUUUCCACAGCGACUUCUAUGCCAGUGAAUCACGCAUCUGUCUCUACACCUCACUUAUAAGAUUCACCCAGUUAGACUUUCAGAGUGAAAAGCAGCUUUUAUUUCUGCCUAUAGAGACAUUGGGGUUUCCAGUGUAUAGAGGUAAGUCACACUAGAUAUACACAAUCUCAUUCUUCACUUCAGUUUGAUCUGCCAUCACACAUAGAUCAGACUUUUGCAGUGGUUUUAUUCUUACAUCCAAGUUCCACCUUGCUUUUCACUUUUCCCUUCAUUAUAAGACAGAAACUUCUUUUCCAGAUCCUCAUAUUGUUAAGGCAAUAAAGUCCUUUCUGCCUCAGUUCUAUAGACCUCGCCCUCCACAUUUGGCUGAUCUCUACCUAGACUGACUUUCUUGGUGGUGAUUCUCUUCAAGGGCUCUGCUCGCAGACACCUCCCUGUCCAGGCUCCUAUUCUUGGGUCCACAGUCCCCUUUCACUCUCCUUAGCUGCUUCUUAAUCUGAAGCCGUGUCUAGCUGUCUUGCCUCUCUCAGGUGAUGCUUGCUGCUCACGCUGCUCACUACAGCUUCAUCCCACUAAUCAAAUCAUCUGUCUAAUCCACCAUCUCUCUAAAAGGCUUCCCUUUUUCUCCAGUUGCCCUCUCACCAUAAGAUGUGCUUGAUUGUGUAGGCCAGUGGAUACCUGCAAUACUCUGGUUUCCUGCAACAUAUACAAUUAGAUACCUUGUAAAAUGUGUUUGAUGAUGUUGAUCAGCUCAGUAUUGUGCUGAAGGCAGCAGCUGGGAAAGUAAAGCGUGCCUGGAAGGGUGGGGCCCACAGAGCAGUGCGGUUAGUCUCCUGAAUGCCCUCCUGCACCCUGGGCUGCCCAGAAUGUCAAGGAAGAGCCCUCUGCUCCCUUCCUUUCUCUAUACUUCUCUUGCAGCUCAUGUUAGCCCCGGAUUUUCACCUCCCUUAGUCUACAGCUCCCCUUGCUUUCUUUUUCUAAUAAAAUAAGAAACCCAAAAUGGA